UGGUUCGAGAAUGGAUGACAAACCAGGAGCGACCGAUGUAACUAUCAAUAAAUUUAGCAUUUAUUUGCAUUAGCGUAGAUCUAAUUUUGGAUUUGAAAUUUCAGACCAAGACAGGUUAUGAGACGGGUCACUCCAUUCCGGAUAAAUCCAAGGCGGAUUUAUCUCAACUCCGCGGAUGCAAUUGCCGAUACCGAGAACGUUGCUGAAAGGAAUGAGCAUUUCAAUAUAUUGGAUAAGGCGAAGGAUGGACGAACUGGCCCGCGUCGACGUUACCUCUACUUUGUGGUCAUCAUCCCAGACGAAUUGGUCACUCAUAUCCAAUCGGAUGAGAAUGGAUAUUGUCCUGAGAUUUACGAGUGGUUGCGUGACCAUGAAGAUACGGCAUCCAUCUCUCUUCCACUCUACGUUGGAAGAAAUUCUAGGUAAGUAACAAAUAAUGUAUCAUCGUAAUGAUUUAUAUUAAAGAUUAAUUAAUCCUCUUUCUAAUCCCAAAAGGGCUCCCGAACCAUCAGCCUAUACAUUUAACACGGAGAUGAGGUCGUCGAUUCGUAGGGAGGUCAAAGCAGGUGGACGAGCAUUUCUCAUCCACGUGGAGGAGGUGAAUUACCCCACGAGACGAGCAGCACGGGCAGGGAUUAUUACUUUAGAGGCGGCUGCCAUCGUGAGUCAAUUCGGAAUUAUCCAUAUUAGGAUGUAUCCUUAAUAAUUGAUAUAUUUAACCAGGCAUACCUAUCCUUCAUAUCUCCCCACACUCCCAACAACUCACAAGUAGGGAAAUUAAAAUAUUGUCGUGCUAACCGCCAUGGCGAAAUGGACGCGUUUAUGGAUUCUCAUCCACGAAUUCAGGCACACAUCACUGCCAUGGCUUCCACCACGUCUCGUCGUCCAUUCCAUUUCCUCGACGACCCAUAUGUCCCAUGCCUUACCGACCAUUCUUACCCUGGCCAGCCCUAUUCGGCAAUGCUUCAUCCGGAUAGGGAUAUGAUCACUGAGGUGAUCUUGGACAAAAUUGAAGAAGAAAAAUCUGCGAAUGAGGAAGAAUCCGACCUUGAUUUGGAUGGUCUCUCUGAUAACGAUGAUGAUGUAUUUGAAGAUAUAUCCGUUUCGGAUUCAUCUGCCCAACAACCAACCACCUUAAACUCCUUCACAGCUGCUCUUCGAUUUCAACAGGUGAGAUUAUCUAACUAAAUGACAUCAGUAACUGAUAGCAUUUAUAAAAUUUCAGCAAUCUCGUGGACAUAACAGUUGUGGCAUGAACGCCGUUAACAACUUUCGUCAAGAGGGGCCGCUAUACACAAGGGAAUUUUUCCAAGACAUUGUGGCCAAUUUGGAAGCGGAGGAAAGGAAUGUGAUCGACACGGGAGAGCUGGAUGAGGGCGCAUAUGGUAGCGAGAGAGGCGACUACAGUGUGGAUGUGCUGGAACAGGCUCUAGUUUUCGCCCAGUAUCAAACGUCAAGAAGAUUUUUAGACUUCAACGUCGAUUCAUCCUUCGGAUUUAUCUACAAUCCAGGAAAUCAUUGGAUAGCUGUGAGACGAGUUCAAAACCAGUGGGUGGAAUUUGACAGCAUGGCGACGGGACCGGUCGUAAUCACUCAGUCGGAAGUCAUAGAUCUGCUCAAUGACUACGGUAUGCAUUUAAGAUAUUGGUUUUUGUAUAAUAAUAAUAAAUCAAUUUCUGAUUAAUUAUAGGAAACUCCAUGAUAAUUGUUACGGGAGAAUCGACAGCCUGAUCAGUAGCAAUAUGAUAUGACUCUUAAUAAUUACAGUAAACAGUAGUCAUAUUGUUCCCUGUUACAACUUGAAUUUUAUUUAAUAUCUGAUAAAUAUUCAUGUGAUAAAUUGUCUUUAGUUUGAAAUAAACAAAUUUCGCAAAUUUAAUAUCUGAUAAAAUUGAAAUUCGCAACUGUUAUGCGUUCCAUGAUUUCGUCAUUUUGGGAGUCACAAGCAAAACUCGAGAGAACAAGGCACGAACACGAAGCCCAUCUACCAACUAACCAUCAUUUCCACAGUUUAAAUGGAAACACCAUCCACAAUCACCAACCCUUGAUAAAAACUCACUGGAACCUAAGAAGCUUCUAAUUGAUGUUACACUUAAAAGGUACACGAGGUUGGAGCAAAACAAACAAAAUGCUAAAAUUAUGCGGUGAAUGGCCCCUCGUGUCACCCAACUUGAGACGUGUUUCCACACUCUGUCUGUUACUUUCGGUGCAAGUAAAAGUAAAUUGUGAACAUUAGAACAGCUCCGGGUUUCCUCCUCCGAGUGAAGUAGUAUCAAAGUCUCUGCUAUGCCAUUUCACCAACCAGGAGCAUAAGGUAUCACACCACGAGUGCUUUGUGCCCCACGCCACACAUCGUCCGUCCACAUUUCUCCAGAAGCAGCAGCAGCAAGAAUGCAUGAAUGUCAUUCAAUUCAUGUAUCUCCAUUUCCACUUUGCUUUCUGCUCACUGUUCAAUUCACGUUGCUACUUACACCUUGAAAAAGCAGACUCCGUUUCCGACACAAAAGUUUAUUCCGCUUAUUCCCAUCCCAUAUUAUUUUUCUUUUCUUUUGUGAUAAAUAUUAGAUUCCUCAUCCUCCUCCCUGCCUGCCUCGGCCAGGCAAAAGGGAAAAACGGAGUAGAAUGGACGACGGAGGAACCAGAGACACGGAAAAAGGCCAAAUUCUGCUGAUAUCAACCAACAAGGAACAAACAGAUACGAGUCGAACCAAACAACCUAAAGAUGUACAAGUGCACUAUUGUACGACAAUAAAAAAGACACACACUUUACAAUAAGUCGAGGACAAGGAAGUGAUGCAACGCAACUAACUUUUUAUAUGUAUUUUUUCCUACCCACAAACAAACGGGUGUUAUUGGUCCCUUCUUAUGCUGGUCUUCAUCCAAGUGUGCAGCCUACCUGCUGCAUACUUAUGUACACACUUUGGUCCUAUUACGUAACUAAUGCUUCCUUUAAUCAGUCCUCCACACUUUCAACUAUAAUCACUUUCUACAUUCGGUAAAAAUUUUCAGUAGUUGUUGCUGGAAUGUGCGGCUCUACGUGCGCACUGGUUAAAUUGAAAUUUAUUGCGUACCAUGUAGCCAUAUACAUACAUAUGUAAACUACAUAAGUGUACAUAUAUAUUAUGUGAAAUUUGUGGCAAGAUUCAGAAUAAGGGACAAUAUAGGAAUGUUAUGUAAAUAUAAACAAAAGAACAAAAUCUUAUAUUUCUCAAAAUAAUUAUAAUUUAGUAUAUAUACAUGUAAAUUUGUAUCUAAAUAAGCAUGUAAGCACGCUUAAGCUAUUUCUUCUGUCAAUUUGAAAAUUUGAAUAAAUAACAAUAAAUAUCGA